AUGCAUUCUUCGGCAUUUUUCAGAACAUUUAAGCCAGCAAUUCGUGUCCUUGCCGCCCCUCAAAAUCCAUUAUUUCUUCGUUCCAUCUGCACCAAAUCAAAUGCUUCUAAUGAAAAUCCAUCACUUUUUGGUUCUGGCCUCAUCAUUGCAGCCUCAACCAUAGCUCUCUAUUAUAUUUCAUCUUCUUCUCAUCAUAUUUCAUAUGCCGAUUCUGGACAAGACCUCGGCAAGAAGUCCACCUUUUUAUUUGGAGAUUCGUACCGGAAAAAAGUUUUCUUCAAGUAUGAGAAACGGUUGAGAUUGCAAAGUCCUCCUGAAAAGGUGUUUGAGUACUUUGCAUCUUACCGAACACCAGGUGGGGAAGUGUAUAUGACUCCAGGGGACUUAAUGCGAGCAAUUGUUCCAGUGUUUCCACCAUCUCAAACAACUGGUAUUAGAGGAGGUAAUCUGAAAGGAGAAUCCGCUUCAAGCGAGCUACAUUGUGAUCCUUCACAAUUUUUCAUGCUCUUCGAUACCGAUAAUGAUGGACUUAUAUCAUUUCCAGAGUACAUAUUUUUCGUUACACUAUUGAGCAUCCCGGAACCUAGCUUUUCACAAGCAUUUCAAAUGUUUGACAUUGACAAUGAUGGGGGAGUUGACAAGGAAGAAUUUAAGAGAAUGAUGGAACUGAUGCGAACUGCUAAUAGACAAGGUGCACGACAUAGAAAUGGAAUGCGAUUUGGAUUAAAAGUCACAGGUUCAGUAGAUGAAGGAGGUCUAUUGGAGUACUUCUUUGGUAAAGAUGGCAAAGGGAGACUUGAGCAAGAAAAAUUUGUUCAGUUUUUAAGAGAUUUACAUAAUGAAAUAUCGCGAUUGGAAUUUGCCCAUUAUGACUACAAGUCACAAGGAAGCAUUUCUGCCAAAGAUUUUGCUUUAUCAAUGGUUGCAUCUGCUGAUAUAAGUCACAUCGACAAGUUUCUUGACCGAGUAGAAGAUCUGGAUGAUGAAAAGCAGCUUAGAGACGUACGCAUUACAUUCAAGGAAUUCAUGAACCUUGCUGAGCUACGCAAAGAACUACCAUCAUUUUCACAGUCCAUCUUAAGCUAUGCAAAAAAUGGACUUUUGUCGAAACAAGAGUUGAAAAGAGCUGCUAAUCAAGUUUGCAGCAUAUCACUUAGUGAUAACGUGGUGGAUUUGAUAUUUUUCAUGUUUGAUUUAGAUUGUGAUGGGACUUUAAGUUCAGAUGAGUUCCUAAGAGUGCUGCAAAGAAGAGAGCAAGAGAGUUCACAACCAAGAGAGUCAAGUUUUGUAGGUUUCUUCUCUGGCUGGCUUGACUCAACAAAUAAGUAG